UCUUUCAGAGCGGUUAUCUUCCCCUGGGGAGAAUACUUUCCCAGGAACUUACAGGAGGGUCGCUCAUUCAUCUCGAAGCAGCUCCGCGCGGAAGCUUGAAGCCAAGAAACCGAAGCUUUUCCGUCCAACUUCGCAGGCAAUGGCCUCUCAGCUCUCGAGUCUAUGCCUACCCAACUCUCCUUCCCUCCCCUUCAACUUCUCUCUCUGCCGAGCCAGGCCUUCCCUCGCUCCUCCUGCCGCCACGCCCUCUCUGUCCUCCUCCUCUCCUUCUCCCUCUUUCCAGAUAGUUGGUGGGAGAAAUUCGGGUUGGCGUGGAACUGGGGUCGCCCAGUUCGGCGAUGAAGAAGAAGCGGAUUGGUUGGAUCUGGAUGCUGAUCUUUGUCACUGGACCAAAGGUUUGCGCACUGUUCAGUGGUAUCCCGGUCAUAUUGCAAAGACAGAGAAAGAACUUAAAGAGCAGUUGAAGUUGAUGGAUGUUGUUGUAGAAGUCCGUGACGCGAGAAUUCCUCUGUCGACAACCCAUCCACUGAUGGACUCAUGGCUUGGUACUAGGAAAAGGAUUUUAGUGCUGAAUCGAGAAGAUAUGAUAUCCAAGGCAGACCGGAAUGCUUGGGCAACUUAUUUUACUAAACAAGGAAUAAAAGUCAUCUUUGCGAAUGGACAACUCGGAAUGGGGACUAUGAAGCUAGGCCGAUUAGCAAAAACACUAGCAGCUGAUGUAAACGUCAAACGCCGGGCAAAAGGUUUACUUCCUCGAGCAGUUCGAGCUGGAAUUGUUGGUUAUCCAAAUGUUGGAAAAUCUUCUUUGAUUAAUCGUCUGUUGAAGCGACGCAUGUGUCCAGCAGCUCCCAGACCUGGUGUUACAAGAGAAUUAAAAUGGGUACACUUUGGCAAAGACCUUGAGUUGUUAGACUCCCCUGGAAUAAUCCCUAUGCGAAUUAGUGAUCAGGUAGCUGCUAUAAAGCUUGCCAUUUGUGAUGACAUUGGAGAGAAAUCCUACAAUGUUGCUGAUGUAGCUGCAAUUCUUGUGCAAAUGCUGACCAGGCUUCCCACAGUCGGUGUAGGGGUCCUGCAGAACCGCUACAAGAUUGAUGUGGAUGGUCAUUGUGGAGACAUAUUCGUUCAGAAGGUUGCUCUUCAGUUGUUCAAUGGGGAUAUUCAUCAGGCUGCAUUCCGCAUCUUGUCAGACUUCCGCAAGGGAAAGUUUGGUUGGGUAGCAUUGGAAAGACCUCCUCGUUAGUUCGUAAUGAAUUACAGGUCUCUUAAACCUUUUCUUGUGAGGCAUGUCUACAAAAUGCCACACUUUAAGAAGAGAGCCUAGAAAUCCCCAAUGCUCGUGUUUGGAGAGCUCAUAAAAUUAGUAGCAGAUGAGAAGAUACAUUGUGAUCCAGGCUUGAAAACUAGGGGGAACCAUGAAUAGAAAGUGCUCUGUUCGAGAUACCUGGGCAUGCAAACUGGGCAAUCCCUGAUUUCUCUUCCUUGCAAAAGUUCAAGGAUUCAAGACAAGCAAAAUGGAGGGGAUGCCAUCGAAACAUGAUUGUAAAAGUCUGUAAUGCAACAAGCAUGUAUAGAAAUGAUUAAGCAAUUUUCUUGCCCUGAAGGGAUGGUAAGUACGUGUCAAAGGGCAUAAAUUCGAGGUAUUUUGUGAAUUGCACACGCUGAAGCUUCUAUUGUAAAGUUAGACCGAUGCAUAUACUUCGCCCUUUAUACUCUCAUUUUGCUCAA